AAAGGUGACAACACUGGGAGAUGGUGUCCACCAAUCUACUAAAAUUCCCAAGUACAAACUGGAAAAAGGGCUUGAAUGCUUGUGAACUUGUAUCUUUGAGCUGCAUCGGCUUGUUCCUUUUACAGUGCUUGAGCAACGGCUAAGUUAGUUGAGAAGAUCCCUAUAAAAUAGGAGGCAGUUAGCAACCAACUCCUCCACGUAUUCCAUAGGUGCUUUGACUCUAUCAAUCAUUUAUGGCGGCGCUGCAGCUUGGGCUUAUAGCUCAUCGUCUUGACCUAGCUUCGUCAUAAGUCAUAACCAUGUCGUCGCUCUUCUAUCGUUUGUCGCUUCCUUUAGCCACGACCUAUCCAGGUGACACGUCGAUACCUAUGGACAAGAUUAUACCUGGGGACACGACAUGAUCAGCCAACAAGCGGUUACGAGUUGUUUGCAGAAUCGGAAUACUUAUGACUUGAGUGAAAUAGAAAGUGCACACAAAGUGCUUGAUGAAAUGCAUGUGAGAGAUGUUGUAUCUGGGACUUCACUGAUUUGUUGCGUAUGCUAAUAUCUAAGGUUGGAGGUGAUGGAGAAUGCUAUGAAGUUGUUUUCACUUACAGUGAUUUUGGGGUUCAAUUUGCAGUGCAUAGUAUAGUCGUCCUGUUUAACCAAUGCAAUUCAGCAAUUGUUCUUUGAGAUGGAGAGGACAGAACAAAUUGGGGUGCUUACUGCAUGAAUUUAUUCUGGGUUUCUGGCCAUGGAAAAGGGACUUAUUAAAAUCAUUUGCAAGGCACGUGGCUGGGUCAACGCCGGAAUCAUAAGUCAACUGAAAGAAUUCCGACAAAGGUUGCCGGGCUUCUAAUGAUUCCUGUACUUCCACUCUUGUGUGAACUUUCGGAUGAGUAUGGAAGGAAACCGCUUCUCCUUUUGACUAUGUCUACUUCCAUUUUCCCUGUUGUUCUUCUUGCAAUUAACAAAUCCAGGACAUUCAUUUAUGUAUACUUCGCUCUUCGUUGUCUUUCCUACAUUCUAAGUCUCAGGAGUGUUUUCUGCAUUGCUAUUGCCUAUGCGGCAGAUGUAGUUGAGGAUGACAAGAGAGUUGCAGCAUUCAGUUGGAUUACAGGUGUAAUGUCUGCUUCCUAUGUCUUGGGGAAUUUGCUCGCAAAGUUUGUUCCGGGAAAGUACAUAUUUACGCUAUCAAUUCCUCUCUUGAUCAUGUGCCCACUCUUUAUUCAACUAUUUGUGGCAGAGACUGCUAGACGGGCUCCUAUGACAAAGCAGUCACUCUGGUCCAUCUUUUUUAAGUCCAUCAGAGAGCGUUACAAUUCUAUUAGAUAUGCUGCUACUAUAGUGUUUACCAGACCUACACUCAGGGGCAUUUAUCUGGUUUCUUUCUUGUAUGAGUUUGGCAUGUCUGGCAUCAGCAGUGUCUUAUUGUUCUACAUGAAGGAUGCAUUAAAUUUGAACGAAAGUAAAACUUCAGAAAUUCUGAUGAUUGUACAAGUCGGAUCAGUUUUCUCACAGAUGUUGAUAGUGCCAGUAAUUAAUACACUGACGGGGGAGAAGGCGAUACUAUCCAUGGGAUUGCUGGCAUCUGUGACUUAUGCAUUUUUCUACAGCAUGGCAUGGGAAACUUGGCUCCCAUACAUCAGUGUGUCGCUUGGACUAGCAUAUGGAUUUGUCAAACCUUCAAUAUGUGCUAUUAUUUCAAGAGCAUCAAGUUCAAAUGACCAGGGAAGAGCGCAAGGAUUCCUUGCUGCAGUGGACUCAAUAGCAGGUUUCAUAUCACCACUCAUUAUGACACCAUUAACUCACUGGUUCCUAUCAAAGAAUGCACCAUUUGACUGCAAAGGUUUCAGCUUGGUUUGUGCAGCCUUCUCAAUGAUGGUUGCGUUGUUUGUUGCUAUGCCGUUAAAACCAGAAACAACAUGGAACCACGACCUCAAAGUAGUUCUUCUUACUUGAAUUGUGAAUAGAUCAUUUGCAGGAACUCUGUCAAAGUAGUUUCAGCUUGGCAAUGUAUUUAGCAAUUUUAUUUUAGUGUAAAUAUUUUCUACGAUGCUACAAAAAAAAAACGAUAUUAUACAUUUUUUCUUGAACUUUUUGUAAACCUUCUGAAAUUUACUACAAAUGUUUGAGUUGUAUAUUGUUUAAGGGUCGCAUUAGUACCCUCUUUUGUC